ACAUGUUUAUAUAGCGGCGCGUGUUUUCAAAAUAUAUGAUAGUGUUUCACCACGUUUUUGCCAUUUCACAGAUUAAAAGUAACUAUUUUGCUUAUUUUGUAACAAUUUUGGUGACAAAACACAAAACAGGAAACGAUGGCCAAGUUGCUGGCUUACUACAGUUUGUGUCCGAUCAACGAUAUUCGUGAGUUUCUUGGCCUUUCGUGCGAUGUUGGUUCUGGCUGCAUAAUCAACACACUCGGACGGAACAUCAUUCAGGUCGUGAAGCUUAGCAACCAGAAACUGCAACACAGCUGGACGUCGUUGGAGCGACUUACCAGCAAGGUGGUUUAUGAUUUUCGCUCGGAAAGGUAUGUUGGUGUUUUCGGAAGCCGAUACAUUCGCUGCUGGACCGCGGACCAAAUCGAUAUCAAUAAAGCGAAAAGGGUGAAAUUUUUCCGGAAUAUAUUGGAGCUGCUUACGUUGGACAACGGGCAGGUGUUGGUUGUAUACGAUGACGGUACAUGUGAAUCGCUGGAAAGUGCGGUUGUUACGAGAAAUGAAGACCGAAAACAUCCGGACUCUAUCCCCUGCAAGCCAAACGUUGACCCAACUCGAGCGUCUAUUCAGCAAGUGUGCACGGCUGUUACCACCAACGGAGAUAGAUUGCUGACAUAUUUUGUGAAAGAUUUGGAAUGUAGUAUGAUGGAACUGAAUUUUGUGCCUCUGAACAAGGAAAACCUUAAACCAGUCGGAGAGUUUCGAAAGAUCAAGUUAGAACGGAGGGAGCGAAACGUGCAACUGGUUGGACAGUGUAUUGUUGAUGGAAGUGGAGGUCCUUCGCUGAUAACGAUCUGGUCAGAUAAACGUAUAUUUGCUCAGUUCCUAAACUUGGAGGAGGAUUAUACAGCCGAACCUCAGUCGAAAUCGAUUGGGAAUUUCAUUUCUAUUCUGAACAUGAUCAACACCGGCCAGCCACUAUCGAUGAUUGGCAUUAGCAAAGAUUACAUCGCUGUUUACGCUAGCAACCUGAAUCAGGAGGGCGCAACCCUGCUGCUGUAUAAUGUGCAGUUCAAGGCGGUACAAGCGAAGCAGUUUUUUAAGGUGUAUUUCAGCAACUCACGCUUCUGGGUGUGCGAAAAUCACAUUCUGCUGGCCUUUGGGCAGACAUUGGCUGUGGUUCCAUUUAAAAUCAGCAAGGAGCAGCUCUCCGACAUGGUCGGUACACAGAAAAGUCUCGAUCUGCCUAACUAUGUAGACAACGAAAGUAUCAAUGAGGAUUGUGACUACAACGAAGGCUACUCUUUUAUGGGUCAUUUGGUUAAUACCGUGGACAGAAUAGAAAGCACAGAUGAAGAACAGAAAACAGAAAAGUUCAAGGUUUUCGAAAGUUUGGAAACAUUUGAAGAGUCGUUAAGAAUUGUUUACAGAAGCAACAUACAGGUAGAUAUUGUUAGGGAUGAAACGCUUCCCGAGGAUGUCGUUCAAAUGCGCAUGAUGAGUAACGUAGACAGAUCGAUUGGGCCAUUGAUAUUUUCCGAAAACUUUGAAACUUUCGUCAACGAGUUAGAAGAGCGCGGAUUUUGUGAGAUGGAAAUAUCGGACAAAAUUAUUCCUAUUAUGUUAGAAGCUAAUGCAACACUGGAUAUUGCCAAGUGUCUGAAGAGAUACAGUACAAUUUCUGAACGGGCGCUGGUAGCGACUCUAAAAUAUGCUCUCGCUUGCAAAGAGCCUCAGCCAAGUAAAGUUGAAAUUCCGGAUAUACAAUCUUUGCUUUUGAAAUGCUCUGAUGUCAAACUUCCAGAUUCCAAGCAGAAAGAGGAAUUUUCUAACCAAUACAUCCUCGAUUGUCAUGACAUUUCGGAUCAAGCUCGUAAUGAUCUACUGAACAUCGUCUUAUCUUGCAGUUUGAAUCGAUCUGUCAUGUUGCCACUUCUUCGCAGCGAAAUCGAACUCAAUACCGUGUUGGAUCUCCUGGAUCAUCUUCUGUUUUUGCUCAUCGAUCCGGUUGCUCAACUAAUGGAAUCCCCCACCAACAGUGACAGUUUCGAUAGUGACGAAAAGGUCAUUGAAUGGAUCACUCUGUUAAUUGAUUCGUACUACCAGCAAAUUGUUCUUUCGAGGGAUAACAUCGUCAAAGAGAAGAUUGUCACGCUGAAGAAUACUGUGGAACGGCAUAUCGACAGUUUGAGAGAGCUUAAAUCUCUUGCUCCAAAGAUUCAGCGGCUGGCCGAAGGUAAAGGUAGAGAUAACGAAAGACAAUCAAAUCAGUGGUAUAGCGUGGAAACGAUUCAGUUGUACUGAUAUAAUUGAUUCCUGCAAUAUAUGUACAUUACAC